AGCGGCGCGGCAGGGAUGGCGGCGGCGGGCGGGCUGGUGCUGCCGCCGGGCUCGGGCUCGGGCUCGGGCUCGGGCUCGGGCUCGGGGCCCGUGCCGGGCCGGCUGGUGCUGGAGGCGCUGGCGGCGCUGCCGCCCUCCCCGCGCGCCCUGCCCGAGCUCGUGUGCGGCCUGCGAGACAGCGGCGCCGCAGCUCAGCAGAACGCGCCGGCCCUGGGGGGGCUCGUGGGCGUCACCAGCGCGCGGCUCGGCUGCGGCAAGACGCGGUUCGAGGGGCUGUGCCUGCUGUCACUGCUGGUGCAGGAAAGCCCCAGCGAGCUGUUCCAGCAGCACUGCCUGGCCUGGCUGCGCAGUCUCCAGCACUUGCUCCAGUCCCAGGACCCUGCCGCCACCGUGGCGCUGGGUGUGACGGUGCUGCGUGACUUGCUCCUCUAUUCAGCCCAGCUGCCCGAGCUUGCCCGCGACAUCAGCACCAACCACAUCCCCGGGCUACUCACUUCCCUGCUCGCCCUCAAGCCCGAGUGCCAGCUGUCAACUCUGGAGGGCACCAGGGCCUGUAUGACCCACUACCCCCGGGCCUGUGGCUCCUUGCGGGAUAAGCUGGCUGCAUAUUUCCUAGCCCGAGUAGACUCAAAAUCACCUGAGCUGCAGCAGCUUGCCUGCAAGUGCUAUGCACUGCUUCCCAGACUGGGGGGAGGCUUCCCACAGGGGUUGCCACGCCGGGAGUGCUGGGAGCAGGAGCUCCACUGCAUCCUUGCCACACUUCAUGGGCUGCUAGGCACACUCUAUGAGGGUGCAGAGACUGAUCCAGUCCCCUACGAGGGCCCUGGGGUAGAGCUGCUGCUCCCGGCAUUGCAGGAUGGGGAGCCUGGCUGCAUCCCGAGCCUACGUGCCCGCUUCGCCGGGCUGGCCCGCUGCCUCUGCCUGAUGCUUAGCAAUGAGUUUGGGUCCCCGGUGACUGUCCCCGUCCAGGAUAUCCUGAACCUGGUGUGUCGUGCCCUCAACAUCUCCAGCAAGAACAUUAGCUGGUUUGGGGAUGGGCCCCUAAAGAUGCUACUGCUCCCCUCCAUCCACUUGGAGAGCCUGGACGUACUGGCUGCUCUCAUUGUGGCGUGUGGGGUGCGGCUGGCUCGCUGGGGCAGCGUUCUUGCCCGCCUCUUCUCACAGGUGCUGGAUGUCUGGAGUGGGGCCCGUGAUGCCCCCCCAGGGCAAGAGAAGCCCUACAGCGCUGUGCGCUCCAGGCUGUACCAGGUGCUAGAGCUGUGGCUGCAGGUGGCAGGGGCUGGUGGGGGUGUCCUACAGGGCUCCGGGCCCCUCAGUGAGGCCCUCCUGGGCCACAUGCUCAGUGACAUCAUGCCCCCCACUGACAGCAUCAAGAUGCGCACCGGGCACCAUAGCCUGUCCGAGGGGGGCAAGCCCAGUGCCCCCAAGAAGCCAAAGCUGAUGGAGGGGGCAGGGGAUGCCCCAGCCCUGCACCGCAAAGUGGACCCUGCCGCCAACAGCGAUGUCUGCCAAGCUGCCCUCCAGGCCUUGUACCGAGCUGUGUUGCUGGGAGGGCCCCUCAUCAAGGAGGAGAUGCACAGGCGUCUGCAGGAGCUGGUCGUGCCCCUGCUGUUGCGCCUAUCCCAGGACGGGGGACCCACCGGCAGUCCUUAUGCCCGCCCUGCCUGCCGCCUGGCUCUGCACCGCCUUCUGCUGGCCCUGCUGCUCGCACCUGCUCCUGCAGCGCCCCCCCCACCUCUGCACUGUGCUCUCCGCAUCUUCACCCAGGGCCGACAUGACCCCAGCCUCGAGGUCUCAUCCUUCUGCGCUGAGGCCCUGGUCAUCUGCAGUGCAGUUGCGCGGCCCCGGGUACCCUCCCUCCAGCUGCCCCUGUCUAGGCCUAGCCCCACCCCUCCGGCCCAGGCCCCAGCCCCCGACAUGGCAUCUGCUACUCCUGCCUCCCCCUUCCGUCAAGGCCCCGCCCCCUUCCCUGCCACCCCUCGCCCCCCUGCAGCUACCCCACUGGGGCUAGCACUGGCUGCGGGGCUGCCCCGCCUGGCCCCCUCCGGCCUGGGGCUGCCAGAGGAGCCCCCCCUGCCCCCACCAGUGCCCCCUAGUGAGGACCCCCGGCUGCAGGGGUUGCCUCUGCCCCCCUCACCUGGGGAGGAGGUGGCGGCGGGAGCCGGAGGAGCCAAGGCACGGCGCCCUGUCUUCAUCCACUUUGAGAAGGAAGAAGAGGAGGAUGUGGAGAUCUCUCUGGAGAGUGACUCCGAUGACAGCGUUGUCAUUGUGCCCAAGGGGCUGCUGCCUAAGCCGGGCCCCCCGCCACCACCACCACCUCCACCACCACCCCCCCCAGCUCUUCCCCCCUCUCCCCCACCACCCCCAGCCCCCCCGGCUCCAGAGCCUGUGGAGGAGCCUGUUGUAGCCGUGCCACCGCCCCCUGCCACGGCUCCUAGUGUCCCAGAGCUGCCCCCCACUUCCCUGGCUGAGGACGACCCGGCUGUGAUCAACAUCAACAGCAGUGAGGAGGAGGAGGAGGAGGAAGGCUUUGAUGAGGAAGAGGAGGAGUACUUUGAGGAUGAAGAGGAUGACGAAGAGGAAGAAGAGGAGGAGGAAGGCUUUGAGGAAGAGGAGGACGAGGAGGAAGAAGACUUUGAGGCAGAGCUGGAGGAGGAGGAACUGGAGGAGGAGGACGAGGAGGAAGAGUAUGAGGAAGAUGAAGGGCUCUCGGAGGAGGAGGAGGAUGACGAGGAGGGCCACAGUGGCCCCCCACCAUCAGUCCCCACCCCAGUACCACCUGCUGCUGACAUCAAUAAGGCCCCUGAGCCUGAGGAUCUCAUCAUGGAGGUGGAAGAGACACCUGCACCCCCCGAGGAAGAGGAGGAGGAGGAGGAGGACGAAGAGGUGGUGAUGAUGAAGACUCCGGCCCUGCCCCAGCAGGAGGAGGAGGCUGGAGGAGGGCAGGAGGGUGCAGCUGGAGUUCCCCCACCUCCCUUGGCUGUGCCCGUGCCCACACCCCCUCCACCCCCCAGCCCCCUCCCAGCUGCUGUGGAGGAGCCACUGCCCCCCAUCCUGGAGGCUCUGCCCCCCAGUCCUGAGGAGGCAGAACCCCCAGCCCUGCUGCCACAGCCCCCCCAAAUUGAGGAGGUGCCCCCCACUAGCCCAGAGGAAGGUGCUGGUGAGGGCAGUGCCGAGGCACGCCCCCCUCCAGGUGCCCCUGAGGAAGAAGUAGUUGUGGCCAUCAAGGAGGAGGUGGAGGAGGUGGAUGAGGCGGCGACCAUGCUGGCUGACUUCAUCGACUGCCCCCCAGAUGAUGACAAGACCCCCCCUGAAACUGGUUCCUAAGCACUGGGGGGCCCCCAGCUUUCCAAAAUCCUGACUGGCUGGGCUCCCCUCUACCCCCCAGCUCCCCAUUUUGUACUGGUUCCCCCAGACGCGUGGAAUAAAGCCUGUGAGUUAUA